UUUUAUUUUAUUUAAUUAAGAAAAGACCAGCAACUUGCUCAGCAGAAAGAUAGGAAUUACCUCCUAUAAUAACCACUAAAUCAAGAUGAGUUUUAAACUUCUACACUUCAUUCAGUUUCCUUUCCCCACUUAAGGGCAGAUAUUUAGGAGAAGAAAUUGUGUUCCAGUAAACUGAAUUUCAAGAACGUAACUUCUUUUCUCCUGAUUUCUAGCUGCAGUACUGGGUGCCGUGGUGUUCCUCAUCCCACAAAUGUGUUCAAGUAGAGUUUGGAUCCUGAUUUGGCUGAGAUGUUCUAGAGGAAUUUUAAGUAUUUAAUGGGUAAAAAGAAAAAAAAAAAAGUACUCCAUAUGGCCUAUAUCUUGAUUUCCUAUAAUUUGUUAUUUCCACAUCUUUAGUUUGGUCCUCUCAGUGGUUAAGAGCUCAGCUGCUAACCAAAAGAUCGGCAGUUCAAAUCUACCAACCACUCCUUGAAAACUCUGUGGGGCAGUUCCACUCUGUCCUGGAGAGUUGCUUGAGUCAAAAUCAACUCGACAGCAAUAGUUUUGGUGUUUCUUUUUCUUUUUUAGUUUGGUCCUCAGAAGCUCAUGGGCAGAGAAAAUAAAAAUCAGACAUGGAUGAGUGAGUUCUUCUUGCUGGGGCUGUCCAGUGACUGGGGCACCCAGGUCUCCCUCUUUGUCCUGUUCCUGGCCAUGUACUUGGUGACUAUUUUGGGAAAUGUCCUCAUUCUCCUCCUUAUCAGACUUGACAGCAGGCUUCAUACCCCCAUGUACUUCUUUCUCAGUGUUCUGUCCUUUGUGGAUCUUUGUUACUCAAACAGCAUUGCCCCACAGCUGCUGGCUCACUUGCUCUCAGCCCACAAGUCCAUCCCGUUCCACCGCUGUGUGUUCCAGCUCUACACAUCCCUGGCAUUUGGUGGGUCCGAAUUCUUCCUGCUGGGAGCCAUGGCCUACGACCGCUACAUGGCUGUGUGUCACCCCCUGCACUACACAGUCAUCAUGCAUGGAUGGCUGUGCCUGGGGCUGGCCACCGGCUGCCUAGCAGCUGGCUUCAUGAACUCGCUGAUGGAAGCCAUCAUCACAUUCCGGCUUCCACUGUGUCAUAAUAUUAUUAAUCACUUUGCCUGUGAGACCCUGGCAGUGCUUCGGCUAUCCUGUGUGGACAUCUCCUUCAACAAGGUCAUGGUGGCCGUCUCUGGCUUCCUGGUGAUCAUGCUUCCCUGCUUCCUGGUCCUGUUCUCCUAUGCUCGCAUAGUGGCUGCCAUCGUGCGUAUUCGCUCAGCACCGGGAAGGAGCAAAGUCUUCGGGACCUGCACCUCCCACCUCACUGUGGUCUCCAUGUGCUUUGGAGCUACUAUCUUCACUUACCUGGGGCCGCGGUCUGCCUCCUCGGUAGAAGGGGAGAAGAUGGUGGCCCUGUUCUAUGCAGUGGUGACCCCUAUGUUGAACCCCUUGAUCUACAGCUUGAGGAAUAAGGAAGUUAUGGCCGCACUCAGGAAAGUUUUAGAGAAAUUGAGAGAUAAAGGGUAAAGACUCUAAGAAUUUCUUGUUAUCUACCCUGAAAACCACAAAGGAGACCAAGUGAGUGUAGACAGGACUUCCAUAUUCACAGUAAAGAAGACUAUAAUGGUCUAUCCUUGUGUGUGAAUAAAAUGUCUUCCUCUACAUGGCUAAUUGGUUUGCUUACGUAGGUCAAAGUCUAA